GAAAGACGUCUUUCACAAUUCGCUUUUAGAACCACCAGAUUCAGUGGGAAGAAUCGAAUGAUAAAAUUGAUCCAUCAGCUACCACUGUCUUACCAAAAUUGUGAAACCGCUGAGCGAAAAAUCUCUCUAAAUCCGGUCUUGCAAAAAUUGCCCUGGCAACUGCCAAGUAAGGAAAAAGAGAUGGUGUUCACUUUCCCAGGUGCAAGUCGACAACACCUCUCUGUACCUGGUGUAUUUGUAAAUGAGCUUUUGAAAAAAUUCGAUCCUCUGUCGUCAUUUCAAAUACCUUUACAACUACCUCAGCAGUCGCAGAUGGUAGAGAUAUUUACCGGCGAACGUAUGUUGAAAAUUCGCAGGCAUAAGAUGAGGAAACAUAAACGUCGAAAGCGUUACGAUAGAGAUUAUUUUAAAUAUCAAAAAUACCAUCGGCAAAAAAAAGCCAAAGCAGAAAAUCUGUUCCGGAAUCGUAUGCGCAAAAUGCUUGAGGAUUACAAAGCAUUUGACCCUGAGAAGUAUAUUACAGAUAUCAUAGCUUGUGCAAAACAGGAUGUGACAAAAGAUGUAUCGCCUAGUGGUCGACGAAAAUAUCCGCACUGGUCUACGCUAAUUACUCUGGAAGAGUUAUAUGGAUUACCUCAAACCGAUUAUAUUGAUAAAAGAGCUGGACUGGCAGGAGAUGAAGAUCGUGACAAAAUUAAGCAAAUGAAAAAGGAAUACGAUGAAAAAUAUCGUGGAUUUUUGACUCGUACCAAUUGUUUUCAAGAAAAACAGCAAGAAAAGCAGAAUUCCCUGGGUGAAACAAAGAUGGAGGCGAAGAAAAUUGUUGGGUGCAGUAGAAAUUUGGAGGAAACUACUCGUGAAGUUGAUAAGGCGGAAAAUGGUGAUAAUAUCAAGAGUUGAUGACUGCAACAACGUGAUAGAAAUCUCAUUCUGUUUCUGUUCAAAAUUAUAUGAUUGUCUUGUAUUUCUAAUUCGACUUUAGUAAUUUACUUUUGGCCUUUUUUAAAUCAAAAUUUCCAAAUUUAAGGUCUUAUGCUUGCUUUAAACAGGCUUGAAAGAUUGCUUUUUUUCUAGAUCACAUAUUUGGUUCAUAUCAGCACUAGUGGAGCCA